AUGACAGAUGAAGAUUUAACUUAACUACUUGCCUUGAAGGGAUCUAACUAUGCUGGUCUGCUGGAGCGGCAUCGCAUUCAUACAAAAAACGUGGAGCAUCUCGUAGACAGUUUGCGGAACGAGAGGAUAGAAGUACGUCUCGUUAAACGUCGAGAAUAUAAUGAAGAGACAGUUCGGUGGGCAGAUGCUGUUAUAUCAGCAGGAGGUGAUGGCACAAUGCUGUUGGCAGCCAGUAAGGUCUUCGAUAAAUUUAAACCAGUUAUUGGAGUAAAUACAGAUCCUGAACGAUCAGAGGGUCACUUGUGUUUGCCUGUGAGAUAUACACGUUCAUUUCCUGAUGCACUACAGAAGCUUUAUCGUGGUGAGUUCAGGUGGCAGUGGCGGCAAAGAAUCCGACUGUAUCUUGAAGGAACUGGUAUUAACACUGCUCCUGUAGAUUUACACGAACAGCAGCUAAGCCAGGAGCAACAUAGCAGGGCUCACAUAAAUGAAAGAUUCCAGGAUCAAAGAUCUGACAUUUCUGGUCCACAUCUUUUACCAGUGAGAGCACUUAAUGAAGUCUUCAUUGGGGAAUCUCUUUCAUCCAGGGCCUCCUAUUAUGAAAUAUCAGUUGAUGAUGGUCCUUGGGAAAAACAGAAGAGUUCAGGGCUUAAUGUGUGUACUGGAACAGGAUCAAAAGCAUGGUCCUAUAAUAUUAACAAGGUUGCUUAUCAAGCUAUUGAAGAGAUCCUUAAGAUCGCAAAAAAGCAUGGAAGUUUGAAUAUGCCAUUGAACACGGAACUAGUACAAAAAG